UCGAUUGGGAAUCGUGCAAGGAGGACAGACACAUACCUCCAUACUCGUCGUUUGUCGCAUAAACAUGAAAAUGCGACCUUAUUUACUCGCCAUCGGAGCGGAUUUAGCAAUUUAACCCAAAAUUUUCGCAAGUGUUAAAAAUAUUGUGCACAUUUCAUUGCACAACGCUUCAUCUUAACCAGUUUGGUGCUAAAAUGUAGUUAUCAAUGUGGAGAUACGGUUAAUACUUUAAUAUCCCUUCUUGGAGUGUUUUUCCAGUAGCCAUGAAAUAAAAGCAAUGGCAAGUGAACAACGUGAGCGGGGCAAGAUGGGCGGCACCCUGGGCGCGCUCGGCGGCGCGGAGGCCUGCGGGGCGCGCUGGACCCUGGGCGCGCUGCUGCUCGCGCCCCUAGCCGCUGCUAACUCCAGCUACUGCGCUGUGCCCGCCGUCAUGCUGUUAGCACUCUUCAUGGUCGUUGCUACAUUCACAUGUAAGGAUCUUAAGAAAUUGGCAGACAUACUCCCGCCUCCGAAAACGAGUCGAGGACGAAGGGAGAGGAACUUUCGGUCCUUCGCAGACUUCAUGGCAAUGUGGAUGUCUUUCUUGUCCCACCUGGUGGCGGUAGCUAUAUGUGCUAGGAUUCUCAGCGCCACAGCUGAUCAUGUGACAGGCGGGAGAACGAGACGGUGGCUGUUUGGAUAUGAGACUCGAUCACUUGGAGAACCGUGGCCUGACGUCUUAGGUGUCACGGUCGUCAUGGUGGUCUGUGCCAUGUUUAUGUGUGGACUGGAGGAGAGCAUGAUGUUCACGUUUAUGCUUCUAAUUCUACUUUACAUAUUUAGUCAAUUCUUCGCCAUUGUUGGUCUCAUCAACUUGGAUAUUGCUAACAUUAACAUGCCGAUUCCUAUUACCAUUUAUGAGCUUUUUGCCGCAGGAGCACCGAUUUCUUACGCUUUCAGUGUAGUAUUGCCGUCUAAAGAAGCUGAAAGUAGUCUUAAGAAGAAUUUAUUUAUUAUGAUUGGAUUACCUACUCUAGUGCUUUCGGGAUUAUGUUUUUUGUAUACGAAUAUGUUAAAAGGGAGCAGUAUCGAUGCUGCUUUGCCAGUGACUACCCUUCUAGAAGCAAGGUCAGCUGGAUGGAUCUGUCCAGUUCUAGCUGCUGUUACAGUAGCAGGCGUAUCCCUAGCUUUGACAGAACUUUGCCCUUUGCUCUUUACAGUCCUCGUGGCUCUGGCUUCCCCAGAGUGGAAGGUUCUCACGAGGUCAAUGACUUAUGAAAGCACUACUACAGGCAGUCCUGUUUUAGCUGUUUUUACUGCUGGAAGUCUUGCAGCAAUACUAGCGUUUGCUUGUCCGUUAUCUCACAUGAUAACGCUAAUGAACGCAAGUCAUCUUCUUGGGAUUUCGAUACAGGCAUUCCAUUUUAUCCUAAUGCGAUGUGUGCCAACAGCUGAGCAAAUUGAAGCGGGAGAUGUGGAAUAUAAGCGUUUGGGAACCGAUAGUACUUCGAAAGGAAUUAAACCUUCAGGAUCUAAAUCUAAAAAGGGACUCUGGUUCAUCCCGUCCGCUAUACGUCACACGAAAACUUUGGAGAGUAUAAAAUCUAAGGUGACAGCUAAAGAAACUGAAGAAAGGGAAUGCCUACUCCUGGAUGAGUAUGCUGGAUGUCCAACAGAGGAUUUAGAGCAAAUUACAAGUUGCAGCAGUAGUACACUCCCGGUGGUGGCCGGAGUAGAAGACGUGCCUUCAGAUGUGGAAGCAAGCGAUAACGAGGUGUCAUCGGGAGAUGAUUCCACUGAUAUCGACGCUGUGGUCAAGGAGUACAGGGAUACGAUACAGGUGGUGACUGCAAUGCCUGAAGCCAGCACUCCUGCGCCCCCGUGUGUCAGAGGAGCUCGUUGGGCGGCAGUUGGCGCCGUUGUCCAAGUGAUAGCUGAUGCAUUAAUCGCAGUAGCCUUCUGUAACGAAGCCAUUCGAGUGCCUAUGUUUGCCACUGGAAUACCAUUAUGGUUCUGCGGUGCAUUCCUGUGCGCAUGGCAGCCGGCUCACAAGCUUGGCAUGAGGAAGACUCAAAGUCUGGAAGGUUCCCUCGCUUUAUUGGCUGCGCUACUGUUUCUUACGCCCCUGUUGCUCGACUCUUGGCCCGCUAUUAUUCUAUUCGCUGGUGCUGGUGUAGUAAUUUAUGCCCGUUGCGAACGUUGGUGCGGCGAUCUGGCAGUACAACAAGCCAGGAGCGCGAUGGAACGGCGCAAGCUGCGUCAUGUCACCUCUGCCGUGCCCUUGAAUGGACCCCGGCUGACCCACAUCGACACUGUCUAUAUCACCAGAUGACAAGAAGAUGACUCGGAUACGAGUCUGGAUAACUUGCUGGAUGCGGAAGAUGAAGAACAGGACCCUGACGAAUGACAGGAGGUGGACGCUAUCGUAAUCAUCGCCUCAUAAACAAUUAAUUAUCAUCAGUCAACAAUUAUGUUCAUAACAGUGAAACCGUGAUCAUAUAAGUAAUAGCCUUGCAAAACGUAAAGUAUUGAAUGCUACUUACAGUACGUUAUUAUAUUGUGAUUGUAUCCAUUUUAGAUAUUAAGGUUCCUCUAAAGCUAAAAUUGAAUGUAGGUAUAAAUUAAAAAAUCUAUUUUGAUAUAAUUAAGCGUUUGAUGUUCACUUUAUAGUAGAUAAAGACAAACUGGGAAAUCUGUAGCUUCACUGUAUGCAUUUUUGAAUUUUGUAAAUACGCAAAUCAAUGUUGUAGCGGUUUCGUAGGUAAUUAAGAUUCAAUUUCAUCCGUCCAUUUGCCAUUGCCAGUGCAUUUUACACCUAAAGGUAGGUAUAUUAUCAAAACAUGCUUUGCCUCAAGCAAAGUACGUCACCAAAAUGUAUUUAAAAAAUCUGCUUAUGUAACAAAUGCCUUAAAAUUUUGUAAAAUAUGCUUAGGUAAAAAAAGCCUUUUAAGAUAUUUAUUAUUAGGUACCCAUAUUUGUGGUUUAAUAUUAGAUAGCAAAUUCGGCCUAAUUUAUAUAUAAGAGAACAGGAAUCAUGUGUCGUAACGUCACCUUCAUUUUGCAAUAAAAAAUCUGCUGGAAUAU